GUUUGAAGCUAAAUUGACAUCCCCGCGUAUCUAUAUUUUCUUAUUCCGCAUUUCCCCUCCGCUCUCUCUCUCCUCUCACUCCCUCACUCUUCAGUCUCACUCCAUCAUCUCAGCGUUCGGUGCAUUUCACAUUUUGAAGCUCACAAUUUCUCCCCAAUUUUCUCUCUUCAAAAACACGCAUAUCACGAACUAAUCCAUGAGUUCUCAGCCGGAAAACGUCAAUCCAUUUGCUAAUGGUUCGAGUGCUGCUGGCUCGAAGUUCCGUCUCCCUAACUUUGGUUUUGGUCAGAAACAUGAUGCCACUGAUGACGUAUCGUUGGAUGCCAGAAAUGAUCCUAACAGAGAGAAAGAACUUGCUGAUUGGGAGGUAGAUCUCAAAAGGAGAGAGCUGGACAUAAAGCGGAGAGAAGAGGCUGUGUCUGCAGCUGGUGUCCCUGCAGAUGAUAGAAAUUGGCCACCUUUCUUUCCACUUAUACACCAUGAUAUAGCCAAUGAAAUACCUGUCCAUGCUCAAAAGCUGCAGUAUAUGGCAUUUGCAAGUUGGUUAGGUUUAGUUCUUUGUCUUGUAUACAAUAUAAUUGCAGUAAUUGUGUGUUGGAUCAAGGGAGGAGGUGCCAAGAUUUUUUUUCUUGCAUCAAUUUACGCUUUACUCGGUGUUCCACUGUCGUAUGUGCUGUGGUAUCGGCCACUUUAUCGUGCAAUGAGGACGGACAGUGCCUUUAAGUUUGGCUGGUUUUUCCUGACAUACUUGCUGCAUAUGCUUUUUUGUAUCUUUGCUGCAAUUGCUCCCCCAAUUGUGUUCCAUGGGCAGUCUUUAACGGGUAUCCUUGCAGCUAUCGAUGUAUUUCCUCAUAGUGUUUUGGUUGGGAUAUUUUACUUGAUUGGGUUUGCCUUCUUUUGCUUGGAAUCACUUCUGAGCUUGUGGGUUCUUCAGAAAGUUUACAUGUAUUUCCGAGGGCACAAGUAAAAUUCUUCAAGCAUCCAAGAGUCAAGAUCUUCAUUUGGUUUGUAUUAUAACCUCCCGUACCUCCCCAUUCAGCAAAGAGUGUUCAGAAUUAUUACGGCGUGCUUUUCUGAUAGACAAGCCUUAGUUUUAGUUUUAGUUUGUGCAUACCAUGUAAAAAUGUUGAGGGUAUCCCUUAUUCAUUUUGUUUACUCAUUGUAUCUUCGAAGUUGCGUAGUGAUUCCUGUAGUUACAUGUCAGUGCGACCCUUGUAAAACUGAAAAAUGGAAGACCGAUUGCGUGUUGGGUGUGCACUAAGUGUUUGGAAGUGUUGCGAUCAAAUUGAGAACUUUCAAAUGUUAUUUUUACUGUUGCUGUGCUA